AUGUCGUGGAGGGCAUUGCUGUCACAUAAUCUUCAAGAGGUUAGAAUCUGCUUCUGUCAGACUAAUCAAAGCAGUGAUGGACUUAGAAACUUCAUCACCAAGAACUACGCAGACUUGAAGAGACUGAACCCAAGACUCCCAUUGAUGAUCCGCGAGACUCAUGGCAUCGAGCCAGUGAUCUAUGCUAGAUAUGACUGGGGACAGGAGGAGAAUAGAGUAGUCACAAAUAUGUCGGAGCAACAGGUUGAGGAGAAGCUGAAGGAGUUGUGUUUGAUUGGUAACAAGCUCGACCGUUCACCAGAGAGUGAGAUGACAGAGGUCGACAUUAUCUCUGCAUACAACAGGCCAAUCACAAGCAUUAGGACUAGAUUCUAA